UCAAAAUGACAGUUUAGAUAAAAAUGCAAAAAGGUAUCGAUUUUUUUUGUGACUGGCUAAAAAAAGAGAAAACAGAAGACACAGAAUAUCUUGUUGCUUGUUAAGAAAAUACAAAAGCUGCGGAGGAAACACUAAAUAUAUUUAUUUACCAAAACUUGUUAAAACUGUAGCAUAAGUGAAAGGUGUCGUGAGUUUAACUGGGGGAGCAAUUAUAAAUGUAGCAUACUUUUGGGAUACACCGAAAAAAUUUCCUCCAGCUGCAAGUGCCAAACCAUACGAGAUUAGAACGCCAUAUUUGUUAUCAUCUGCAAUCAAAUUUUUUUUCCGGUAAUGAUAAAUAUGAGACCAUAUGUGCCCUCAAAUCGCAUCGCCAUAAGGGAUUCCAUAGAUGAAGACAUAAGUGACGAUGUGGAUGAUGAGGUAUUCAUCAAGGAUUCCAAAACUUCAAAGAUGAGUGAGGAGAAGGGCCUUAAACGGCCCCUUAUGGCUCCGCGACGCAAAAAUGGCAAAUCGCAUUCUUCAUCGCCCAUAAUGAAGAAACAUCGUCGCUGUUGUUGGCGUUGCUGUGAACCCUUUUGUUAUGGUCUAGCUGCCUUAACUAUAGUCAUAGCCUUAAUCAGUCUGAUUGCCCUGAUAUUGACCAUGGUGCCAGUGUCUAUGCAAAAAAUCAAAGGAUGGCUACAUCAUCAAAAAGCCCCUGGCAUGCCUUUGGCCCUCAACGAUGGCCAGAAGUCGUAUGGCGACAGUAUGGGUAGUGAAUUUGUUCCCUGCACCCAAAUCAGUGUGCAAAAACUAUGGUCACGUACAUUUCCACGCAUGAACAGUGAAAGUCCGGUGCGUAAGGCCGAUCUCAAUGGUGAUGGUGUUACAGAUAUCAUUUUUGGUUUUGGUGUCGACGAUAACAUACAAUACGAGGGUUACCCUUUGCCCAAAUGCAAAAGUCCCAUACAGGGUGAUGAAGUGCCCUGUGAGGGUGGGGUCAUAGCAGUGAAUGGUGUUAGUGGUGAACUACUGUGGCAGACAUGGAGUGUGGCAAAUGUUUUUUCGUUACUUUGUACUACGGAUAUCAAUCAGGAUGGUUAUACGGAUUGCAUAGCGGCUGGAAGAUUGGGGAUGAUUUUUGCAAUAAAUGGUCGCAAUGGCAAUAACAUUUGGGAAUUUCGUGAAAUUGAGGUGGAGACCAAUUCCCCAAUAGUCAUGGAUUUGUACACCAUCAACAUUGUGCGUGAUCUAGAUGGUGAUGAAAUACCCGAAAUAGUGGCUGUACAUCUGGAAGAGCGAGAAGAAUCAAAAGCAGGCCAUAUUAAAGUGAUUUCUGGCAAAACUGGCAAAGUUAUACGCACCAUACCCACACCCUACAAGGAAGAAGUUUUUGUUCCCAUACAAAUUGUCACUAAACAGGAUGGCACAGAACUAUUGCUUAUUAUAACCGGAGGACAAUCUACUCCCGGAGGUGUUUAUACCAUACGCUUGCUGUCGUUAAUGAAGUUUACCAGUGAAAAGGAUUUUACACCUCUGUAUCAACAUAAACGUUCGGGUUUGAUGGUUCCUUCGGUUUUGACUGAUAUAACAGGAGACAAGAUUGCAGACAUUGUGGUCUCUGCAUUCAAUUCUACAGUUAUGGCUUUUGAUGGUCGCAACUUUUCCAUGUUAUGGAAUUAUACGUUCCCCUCGAGUGAGAGUGUGAGCGCCAUUGUUCCGGGUCACUUUAAUCAUGAUGAUGUCACCGAUUUUAUGGUCAAAUAUAAUACGGGUCCUGGAUUCCCAGUGUAUUACUAUUCGCAAACCACCAUCUUGGAUGGCAAGACAGGCAAGCCUUUGCUCAAUGCCAUGAUGACCGAUUCGGGUGGUUCGAAUAGUUUAUUGGGUGGAGUGUCUAUAUCGCAGACAUUUGGAGGAGAUUUCUUUUUACACUGGCAAAUGCAGUGUCGGGAUAAGGCGGAUGCAAAGGAUGCCUAUGAAUUUAUACCAGAUAGCGAUAUCAUACUACAAGCUCGAGCUGAUACAUGUCGCCUACGAUACAAUACAUCGAGUGUGGUAAAGUUAUAUGCCAUUGCUCGCCACAUUGAGCCACCAGGAGCAGUACUUUUUAGCACAGAUGAUCUCGAAGUGCACCUUAAUCGUACUUUACCCUCAAGUGUAUCGUCCGCCCCUCACAAGGCACCCAAGUCACCAUUGAAACAUCCAAAAUUGCUAAAGAAACUGUUGGCCAACAAAGAAUUGUUGGAAAAAGUAGUGGCCGCUGAAAAGUUGGAAAAUUUGGAAAAGUCCAAGAAUCAAUUUCGUGAAGAAACUGCUCGCAAUCGUUUGCUGCCACCGGAAUUGAUGCAAGAAGCUCUGGAAAAGAAUGAAGUACCCGAGGAUGCUUAUGAGGCAUUGAAACAAUUGAAUUCACCAUACUAUGGUGGAUUUGUGGGAAAUUCACCAUUAAGAGAGUUGCAAAAAGACUACGAUAUCGAACAACCCCAAAGGGUGCCAGAAGAUUACGAGAACACCUAUCAGGAUCCAGAAUUACCGCAAUUGGUACCACCGAACGAUCAUCCCAUACGAUUACGCACAAAGUAUCCCGGUAAUCGGGAUAUACGUAGCGAUGUUCCUACUUUCGAUGAUGGCGACUCCAAUUUAACAUCCAGUCUUCCAACGGGAGGUGUUCCACGCAAUAAACUCGAUAAGGAUGAACCCCUAAGUUUGUGGGAUCUGGAAAGAGAGAAAGAAGAAAGGGAUGCCAUGAAAAAGCAACAAGAGGCCUAUGAUGCUGCAGCGAGAACCAAUCAAAUAGUUGAGGAUGAAGAACAACAAUUGCAAAUCAAUAAUCAAAUACCCUUGGAAGAGGAACAGCAACAGCAACAAUUCGAGGAUAUCAAUGUUGAGGAGAAACGAAAGAAGAAGCGCAAGAAAAGAGAAGAUACGGCCAAUGAUUCCUCAAAUGCUAAUGACAAAUUGGAAAAUGAUGAGUGGUUUUUGGCUUCGAUUUCCUCGACGGGUGUCCUUAUGAAAUCGUUGAAUAAUACACGCUCUUCAAUAGAUUUUGCUUUUGUCUUGAAUAUACGCGAAUCGGAAGCAUUUCCUCCACUGUUUUUACCACAGGAUUUGAAUUGUAUUGAGGAGAAGAUAAGUGCAUAUAAAAGCUACACCAUGGAUAAUCAGAGAGCAUUGCGUCGCCAGUUCAUGAAACAAUGCCUUAACGAUCGCCUGGUAAACAUUAAUCCCGAAUUGCCAAAGUAUGAAUCACAACUGAUUAUCACGCGUCUAAGCAUAACCUGCACCUGUCGCUCCCUGCAACCAGGUGAGGUUUGCUCCGAAUUGGAUGAUAUACAAACUCAAAGAUGGACUGAAUUUAUGGGCAAUGAUGGCAAUGGAUUCUAUCGCAACUAACGAGGAUUAACCCCCCUCUUGUGUUGGUUUGUUUUUUCUGAACGAAAGGUUGCAAAAAUGUUAAUUACCAAGUAUAAAAGAAGGUUUGUAUUAAAGCUUGCUUUGUAUAAAGGCUGAGUGAUGAUGAUGAUGAUGACGAUGUUGAAUGUAAUCCCGCUUUGUGGCUAUCUAUCGACUACAACAAAAACAAAUGGGCUCAAAAACUCUCAUGUGCACAAGAUUUGAAGAUUUUCUUCUUGUUUGGUUCCAAUCUUUCUAGAAAACGAAACAUAAACGAUAAGCACAAUAUUUUUUAUAUAAUUUUUUAUACUUGUACUUCUUUGGAUUAGGCUCGAACAACUCUUCUUCAAUAUUAAACAUAUGUAUUAUGUACGUACUAUGUAUCUACUUUUGUAUAAGUUUUGUUGUAAAGGGUAAUUAUAAAGAAUUUGAAAGAUAAUAUAUAUAUAUACAAAACUUUUUUUGUGAAAUAUAGAUUUAACUUCCCCUCCCGAAUGUGUAAGCACUGUAAAAUUAAAAGAUUGCAAAGAAUUUAUCUAGAAAACCCCCAGAGAAGUAAAAAUAAUAAAUUCAAAAUUUUAUUAAAUCCAAACAAA